AUGGAGGAAGAGUUUGAGAUCAUAGAUCUCCCUGAUGGAUAUCAUAUCUCCGAACUAAGCGCAGAUGAUCGCGCAAUCCAACCUCUCGUAGCAGCAAUGCAACUGACCGUCAACCGAAACGAAAGAAAUAGAGGAGGACCCCUAUUUCAUGCGGAUCUCAGACAGUCGGAUCCAGCAGGCAGGGACCUCGGAAUGAACAUCAUCUACGAAAUAUUUUCCCGCGGCUUACCCAAUAAACGUCGAAUGAUGUCCUGCGAAAUAUGCGAGACGUUCAUCAGAGACUUUGGCAAUCUUUGCUAUCUCUCUGAUGAUGGAACACUUGAGCCGUUUAUCUGGCCAGGCGAAGACAUCGUCCCGGAUCAUUACAGACAAGCAGUAGCCAAUGUGAGGAAGUUAUUUGUUGGGCGUCCACUCGGAGAAGAGUUCCGGAGUCACCUCGAGACUGCUCAACAAUGGUUAACCUAUUACGCACGCAAAUCUGGAAAUUUCGAUACUUACGACCACAUGGACGUUAGUGUUCUGGGUCAUGUUCGAGCUUACCAUGGACCAACGGAAUCGGAGCAUCUCGCUGAAGUUCUGGAAAGAAUACUUACGGAUAAUGAUGAGAAGACAAUCUCUCAAACACACGCAAUGUUACUGAACGAUGAUUUACCUCAUGCAAAAUUAUACCAGCCGUGGAUUUCGUGGCUAAAGAACGUUUCCACUGCUAUCAAAGUGCGGGACGAUCUCAAACCAGGAGCUCGAAAGACCCUGAUUGCUAAAUACUCCUAUUUAGCAACUGAAGGGUGUCUACCUUCAUUAUAUAACGGUGAACUAGCAAAGCUGAUGUCCUUUGUUAAAGCCGGUGCAGGCAUGACAUUCAUUCAGUCAAAGUGGAUGCAAAUAGUGAACCCCCAGGACGGGAUACCGCCAAAGGAUAAAGCUCGCACAACGUCAAGUUUGAUUUCGGACCUAGGUUAUAGUACAACGUGUUUUAACAGGCUGUUCAUCAAAAUCGGUCAGAUUCCCACAUGUGCCUAUCUUUGGGCCGAUUCCUCCAAGCCUUCCACCAUACCAAGGCCAUUUUUUCAGCCUCUCGAUUCCAAAAGACAAAGCGUCCCAAUGACUGUUCAAGAUGCUCUCGACAGAGCACCUAUCACGAAGAUCUGUUUCCGCAAAUUCUGCUUAGAAGUUAUUCCGCAAACAUCUUCGCUUUCGAUCUACAUCAUCGAAGAAUCAAAACAUGCUGAGAAUUUUCAUUUCCUCACUACAGGCGUGGACGAUCCCUUCGGAAGAACCAGACCCAUAUAUACGUUCCAAAAGCCGGGGGAACACACAGCAUCAUGGUUUAAAGCAUCGCAUAUAACUUCUCCCGAAGAGGUGAAUCUAUGUACUGGCUGGGUCAAAGUCAAAUGCAUCGUCUCAUUUCCUCACAUGUGGGAUUAUUUUCAAGCUCACAAGAAUUCUACUAACCAUCAAUUCUUCAAUCCUAUGGCCCAUAGAGGGUUUGAACACAAGGAUUUGGGAAUGAAGUUUCUGCUUGUUCUAGAUGGGAUCAACCAUAAUCAUGGAAAAGGUUUUGAUCUAUCGGCUGAUCUGUUGAACGAAGAACUGAGGUGCUUCAGCAGGGAACAAUUAGAGUCUUAUAGGGACUCGAAGUCUAUACGAGGUUCACAUAUCAAUGGUCAUGUAGGUGGAGUUGCGGUUGAAUCUGACAGAUUCAGAAAAGUGAUGUUAGGUGGAAGGAUGAAGAGUGGCGAGUUUGUGAGAUAUGAGGUUGUUAAGUACAAGUACUACGUGGAACAAUUUGGGGGACGUUGA